AUACUAAAAGUCGUUUAGAAAAAUUAAAAAAAAUCAAAUCCUCUUAGAUAAAUAACAGCAUAUUUUGGAUCCCUUUUUCAUAUUCUAAGAACCCUAAUCUCUCAAGUUUUUUGUUUUUCUCUCAAACCAAAACAUAUUUUUCACUAAAUUCAUCCCACAAAACUUUUCAUUGCUCCCGCUCUAAAAAUUUCUCUUUUUAAAUUUCUCGAAAAAACAUUUGUAUAAGACCGUCUUAUCAUCAUCGUUGGUUGUCAAUGGUGGUUAGGCCAAAGGCAGAGAACGGUAUUUGAUCAUAUUUCACGCAUUCAGGGUUGAUCACAGAUUUGUUGUAAUCGUAUUCGUAUUGAAGAUCAUGGCGCCAACAUCGUAUGAUCCUAGCUUAAACAAUGUAUUUUAUCACGAUCAAUGCAAUCAAUGUUUUCCGUUGUAACAAGUUUUUCUACGUGUGUCGUUUCGAGGGUACGAUCUAUUUUAACGGAGUGAACCUUCGUUAGUCAUGUUUCGGAUCAUGGAGGAAGAAGGAGACAUGGAUUUCUCGCAGUUACAGUAUGUUAAAAAACUCGCUCAAGGUGCAGAAAGCAGUAUAUACUACGGUAUAUACCGCGACAGAGACGUGGCUGUCAAGGUUUUCAAAGAGAUCGAUGAUGAACGAGAAGAUCGCGAGUUACACGCAGAGCGAUUGAGGAAACAGUUUGAUCAGGAGAAGAAGAUACUGUCACGGCUACGACACCCGAAUGUGGUGGAAAUUGUUGCAGCCUGCAGACAGACAUCAGUUUACUGUAUUUUGACAGAGUUUAUGUCAGAGGGUUCUCUAAGGGCGUACUUGAACAGGUUCGAAAGGAGUAAAACUCUGCUUCCUUUCGAGAUAGUUCUUGUGAUUGCGUUAGAGAUUGCUAAAGGCAUGGAGUAUGUGCACUCUCAAGGGAUUAUUCAUCGCGAUAUUAAGCCUGAGAACAUCCUGAUUGAUCAGGGUUUUCGUCUAAAGAUUGCUGAUUUUGGUGUUUCUUGUGAGGCAAAAGGGUGUGAUUGCAAAGAUGUAGGGACUUUUCGAUGGAUGGCACCGGAGAUGAUCACACGAAAAAAGUAUAGCAGGAAGGUUGAUGUGUAUAGUUUCGGGUUAUUGUUAAAUGAGAUGGUUUCCGGGAGUGCUCCUUUUGGUGAUUUGAGCCCGGUUCAAGUUGCUUACGGCGUUGCUAACAAGAACUUGAGGCCUGAGAUUUCUAAGGGCUGCCCGGAGUUUAUGAGAUUGCUGAUCGAACGUUGUUGGAGCAAGAAUCCUAAGAAGAGGCCCGAGUUUUCGGAGAUUGUGAAUGUUUUGGAGAAGUUUCUAGGAUUUCAUGAAGAUAAUGAAGGCAAUGUGAAGAUGUUGCAGCAAUGUGUAAAACAGGAUCAUCACAAGAAGGGAUUGUUCCACUUGAUUCAAAAGCUGUGUAUAUUUCCAUGACUUGGGGAAAUUGGUUUUUGAUUUCCUUGAGUAAUUCAAUAGAUUAGGUGUUUUGUUAGAUUCUCUUAAGCAUAUAUUAGUUUUUCUUGAUUAGAAAUUCAAAAAGUUGUAAAUACAAUAAUCUCUUUUAAGUUUUUUCUAUAAAGAUUUUGGAAUAUUUUGAUUCAAAGAUGUAUUGAUUA